GCCCACUCGGUCACCCUCGGCCUCCCUCCACCCCUCCACCCCCCACCACUCCUCUCGACUCUAUUCCUCACACAAAUACUAUGCUUCGUGCUGGUGCAUGGACGCAGGCUUGCCGAGUGGGUGCACAGGCAUGGGCUUCGGCGGCGAGCGGGGGAGCGCGGGGGCUGGCGAGGGCAAGCACUGGCGGAGGCAAGGUGGCUGGCGUGAGCAAGGAUGAGUACCCGCUGUUGAUGUCGCCGCUAAAGGCCGGCAACACGGUGCUGAAGAACCGCGUGCUGAUGGGAUCUAUGCACACCGGGCUAGAGGAGGAGGACGGCGGGUUUGAGAAGCUGGCGGCGUACUUUGCUGCCCGGGCGGCCGGCGGUGUGGGCACCAUGGUCACCGGUGGCGUCUCGUGCAAUCGGGCUGGAUGGGUCAAGCCGUUUGCCGCCAAGCUGACCAACGCACGCGAGAUGGAGCCGCACAAGCUCAUCACGUCGGCGGUGCAUGAUGCCGCCGCCGACUCCAAGAUUGUCAUGCAGAUUCUCCAUGCCGGGCGGUACUCGUACUCACCGAUUGCGGUGGCGCCGUCGCGGAUCAAGUCACCGAUCUCGCCGUUCUCGCCGUGGGCACUGACCAAGCGAGGCGUCCGCAACACCAUUGCCGACUUUGCGGCAACGGCUGCGCUCGCUAAAGAGGCCGGCUACGACGGGGUGGAGAUCAUGGGCUCGGAGGGCUACCUCAUCAACGAGUUUAUUUCGGCGGCGACCAACAAACGGUCGGACGAGUACGGCGGUGAGUACGCAAACCGCAUCCGGUUCCCGCUCGACAUUGUCGACGCGGUCCGACAGGCUGUCGGCUCGGAUUUUCUCAUCAUCUUCCGCCUCUCCAUGCUCGACCUGGUCUCCGGCGGCUCGGUCUGGCCCGAGGUGGUCGAGCUCGCCGUCAAGCUCGAGGAGCGCGGCGUCGACAUCAUCAACACCGGCAUCGGCUGGCACGAGGCACGCAUUCCCACCAUUGCCACUCUUGUCCCGCGCGGCUCGUUCUCGUGGGUGACCGGCAAGCUCAAGGGCGAGGUCGGCAUUCCGCUCGUCGCCACCAACCGCAUCAACAUGCCGCACGUCGCCGAGCGCAUCCUCGCCGCCGGCGAGGCCGACAUGAUCUCCAUGGCCCGCCCACUGCUGGCCGACCCGGACUGGGUCAACAAGGCCGCCGCCGGUGAGCCCGAGACCAUCAACACCUGCAUCGGGUGCAACCAGGCGUGCCUCGACCACGUCUUCUCGCAGGAGCGUGCCACCUGCCUCGUCAACCCGCUCGCAGCAUACGAGACCGAGCGCAAAAUCAAGCCCCUCGCUGCGGACGCCCCGCGCAAGCACGUCGCCAUUGUGGGCUCCGGCCCAGCCGGCCUCGCCGCCGCCACCGUCGCCGCGCAGCGCGGUCACGACGUGUCACUCUUCGACGGCGCAGACGCGCUCGGUGGCCAGUUCAACCUCGCCAAGCGGGUGCCGGGCAAGGAGGAGUUUGUUGAGACCAUCCGCUACUACUCGACCAUGGCCCGCAAGCACGGCGUCCGCAUUCACCUCGGGACCCGGAUCGGCGGCGUUGACGACCUCAACGCCCACCUCCCCGAAGGCGCGUCGCGCUUCGACGACGUCAUCGUCGCUACCGGCAUCAAGCCGCGGGUCCCGGACAUUCCCGGCCUCAAGGAGUCGCCCAAGGCUGCCAUCUACACCGACGUCGUCUCGGGGCGGGUCGAGCCCGGCACCCGCGUCGCCAUCAUCGGCGCCGGCGGCAUCGGCUUUGACACGGCAGAGUACCUCGUUCACUACGACCACGUCGUGCCGCAAGGCCAGGAGCCGGACCCGGACGCGCCCAAGCCGGCCGAGUUUGCCAGCCAGUGGGGCGUCGACAUGGAGCACACCCACCGCGGCGGCCUGCUCCCUGCCGGCUCGCCGCCGGAUCACGGCCGCACCAUCUACCUCCUUCAGCGCAAAUCGUCCAAGCCCGGCGCCGGCCUCGGCAAGACCACAGGGUGGGCCAAGCGGAAGAUGCUCGCAGACGCUGGUGUCCACAUGAUGCCCUCGGUCCAGUACAAGGCCGUCACCGACGAUGGCCUCGUCAUCACCGACCCGUCCGGCAAGGAGACCACCCUCGAGGUCGACACCGUCAUCAUCUGCUCGGGCCAGAUCUCGGAGUCGUGGCUCAAAGAUACCCUCGAGGCCGCACAGGUCAAGACGCCCGACGCCGCGCCCGCCGCCGUCCACCUCAUCGGCGGCGCCUUUAAGGCUGCCGAGCUCGACGCCAAGGCCGCCAUUCUGCAGGGCACCCUGCUUGCUGCCAAGCUGUAG